AUGCCGCCGCGUCUAUCAGGGAAGCUUUCGCAGCUCCCUACCUUCUCUUUAGGAGGAUAUUUGAACCAAUUUGAGGUUCAAACCCGAAACUUCGGCAUCAAAUCCCUUAAUACGCCCAAACCCAGUCGUUUCAAUGUCGGCCCCGGUCUUCCCAUCCUCGAGUCUACAUCGACCGCAGCUCUCCUUCGCAAGGCCAAUUCUUUACCCCUUCGAACUGGUGCCAUUGGCAUCAAGAAAGGCAUGACAGCCGUAUACGAUCCGGAAACAGGGAAGCGCACCGCUUGCACAGUCUUGCAGCUCGACCGGGUGGAGGUGGUCUCGCACAAGACUCGCCAGAAGCACGGUUACUGGGCCGUCCAGGUUGGUGCUGGCUGGAAGCACCCCAAGAAUGUUACCAAGGCUAUGCUAGGCCAUUUCUCGUCUCAGGGUUUAUCCCCUAAACGCCAUAUUUUUGAGUUCCGUGUCAAGGACGAGUCCGGCCUGCUACCUGUCGGCGCGAGUAUUCAAGCCAAUUGGUUCCAAGAGGGCCAGUUUGUCGACGCUCGCUCCAACAGCAAAGGUAAAGGUUUUGCGGGUGUUAUGAAGCGACAUGGUUUCCAUGGCCAGGACCGUAGUCACGGUGUCAGUUUGACCCACCGUUCAAUGGGUUCGUCUGGGCAGGGCCAAGGUGGUGGUUCUCGUGUGUACCCGGGCAAGAAGAUGGCUGGAAACAUGGGCAAUCACCAGAACACUGUCCAGAACUUGAAGAUUCUCAAAGUUGACGCCGAAGCGGGGAUCGUGGUUGUCAGUGGUGCGGUCAGCGGUCCUAAGGGGUGCACCGUGAGAAUCCAAGACGCAAUCAAGAAGCCUUGGCCUCGGAUUGAAGCGGAAGCUUUGCCUGCAGAUGCGACUGCGUAG